AUGGUAUCGGUCGUUGCGAGGAAGGCAGCUUGGUUUGGCCGUGUUCUGUCGAAAGAUGCAACUGUUCCGGGACCAUCAACUAGCUGGGGGUCGAUUUCCUUCAGCUCCAGACGAGCUAUUUCAUUAUCAAACACUUAUCGACAUGCUGGUUAUUAUGCUUUAUUUCCUGUUGUGCCAAAUGCUACGCCGGAGAAUAACAGAUUUGUGGCCAAUAUUUGCAACACAGAAGACUGGCCAGCUAUUUGUGCACCUCCCAAAGAAAUGUAUGAAGGGACAGUUCGGAUGCUGUUAGAGUAUGGAGCCACAAUGCAUGAACAUAUGAAAUUAUUAGAAGGAAUAAAACCGGAAGAUCUAACUUUUGAAAAUGUUAUUGAACCGUUUCUAACCGAGGAAGAACAAGUCUUAUAUGCUUUUCACACAUUGUGGACUAGAAUGCUUACAGACUGGCCAAGUUCUCGUGAAUUACAUGCUGAUUUUAUGAAAAUUCAUGAAUUAGCCAUAAAUGAAGUUUCUGCGAAAUGGAAGUACGAUAUUUUUUUUAAAGCCGUUAAGACACUCUGUGUGAGAAGUGAAAGUACUGACAGUUGGAAGCGAAGACUUGCCGAUUUCUAUUAUCUACAAAUGAAGUCAAUAGCCAUGGGUGAAACUUCGAAAAAACAUGAGCAAUUUGUAGGACACGACAGUUUUGUUGAACAUUAUAUACUUAGAUAUAGAACAGUAUUACAAAAUUCAGAAGAUAUGGAGGAUAUUCAAGUUACAGAUCGAGCAGUGUUUAAUGAUGCACCUCCAGAAGUGUUGAAGAGACUUGCAGUAAACAGAACGAAAUAUGAAGAGGGACCAUGGCUUGUUACUGCAACAGCAAAAUCCAUAAAACCAAUAUUGACUUACUGUUCUGACAAAGCUGUUCGCGCAACUGUUUGGGAUAAAUGGAUUUCUCGUGCUUCAAAACCGCAUAAUUUAGCACGUGUUACGAGUAAUGCAAGGACAAUUGAAACGAUAAGGAGACAUCAGGGAAAGAAAGCUGCAUUGCUUGGAUUUACUACGUAUGCUGAAUAUCGGCUGGCUUAUAAAAUGGCGGAGUCUCCAAAAAUUGUACGAAAAUUUACAAAAGCCUUAGCAAGGAGAAUGCGACCAUUAUUCGAUGAUCGGAUGCAAGCUUGGUCUGAUUUCGCUGCAGAGAAGGAAAAAAUUUAUACACUAGCUCCAUCGGAUCUAUAUUAUAUUUGCCGUAAGGAGGCGGAAACUUUGCACGAAAUUGAUUCCUUGGAUCUCAUGUACCAUUUCCCUUUCUGGCCUACAUUUGAGAACAUGCUGGAAGUCCUUUCAUAUAUAUUCGGUGUAUUGUUUGAAGAUGUCACUAAUUGCAAUCUUGAUCGGUGUCAUCCAGAUAUUCGGAUCUUUUCCUUAACAGACUCAUCAGGACUGCAUUUGGGUCGCCUUUAUGUUGAUCCUUUUGAACGGGCGAAUAAGUGUUGUACAUGGGACGCAUUGCUCGGACGAAAUUAUUGCACUGAAAAUAGAUGGGAUAAAAUAGUUUAUCUUUUUGCUAACCUCAGCGUAUCCGGUUCUCUAGACUCAUCCGCACUUCUGCAUUAUGAAGAAUUACAGAAUCUUCUUUUCUAUACAGGUCGUGCAAUGCAACUUUUGCUCUCUCAAUCACCAUACAGAGAUCUGGUAGUGCCAUGGAAAAUUUUCCACGCUCAUGAUAUGGAUGCUGCGGAUCUGCUGCCAACUAUUGUGCAAUUUUUUAUUUUUAAGCCUGUGUUAUUAGCUGCAUUAUCCUGCAAACAUUUGAAAACUCAUGAAGCAUUAUCGGAAACCAAAGCCAAUAGUAUUGCACUGGGUUUAUCACGCUCUACAUUUUACGAAACUUAUCGUGCAUUAUUUUGGACAGACUUUGACCUCACGCUGUUCGAUAUGAAAGAUACUGAUCAAACUACAUGGCAAGAAAUAUAUCACCAAAAAUUGACGGAAUAUUUUGCAUUCAAAAAUAUAAAAGGAGAUAUGCAACCGUGUUCUUUUGCUCCAAUUUUUGGUAAAAGUAUGUCGAUGGCUAUGUAUUACAAUCGGCUUUGGGCAGAGAUGCUGGCUUUGGAUAUCCAUGAUACAUUCGAGAAAGAAAAUGAUGUUUGUGCAACUGGCGACCGCUUGAAAAAAGCAAUUUUGUUCGAGGGAGCGAGUCAGUCACAGAGGGAACUUUAUCGACGCUUCCAGGGACGUGAUCCCAGCCCGGAUGCGAUGUGCGACUUCUAUGAUCCUCCUCAAUACCAUACUAGUAUUGCUGCUUCUAAUGAAGACACCACCCCGUAUUUGGAUUCGGAUGUACAGAUUGACACAGAGAGACUUGAAGCGAAGUAA